AUGUCACUGUUAGAGAAAUAUACAGUAAAUGGCAUAAAUACAAUUUUUAAUCGGAGAAGGCGGUAAACAUCAAUACGUAAAAUCUGUUUUUCUAUAAAAAUGUUUUUAUCUGAGAAAAAAUAAUAUUGCAAAAGAAUAUAUUUACCAAUUUGUUUGUAUUAUUACGCAUUUCAUAUUAUCAGUGGAAAGUUUCAAGAAACGUUUCAAUGUAAUAGAAAAACCAGGUUAUAUAGAGGGUUAGAAGACCUCUAAAUAUUUUUGUAAAAAAUGAGUGCAAAUGACAAUUGUCAAUUUGUAUUGGAACGCAUUAACGUUCCAGGUGUAAUUAUACUUGAUCAACCAGACCAUACAUACACUUGUGGCAGAGCCAAGGAGAACCAAAUAGUAUGCCUUAGUUUGACAGUAUCUAGACGUCAUUGCAUUUUUUUCCGCAGUAAAAAUGAAUUGUAUGUUACAGAUUUAAAGAGUGCGAAUGGCUUAUACAUAAAUGGUGUUGCCCAACAGCCCUUUCAAACAACUAAAUUAUAUUCAAAUGAUGUCAUUGGUAUUGGUUGUCCCACUGCUGCAGACAAUAAUACAUAUGUAUAUAAAUUGCGUGCUGUUGGACCUCAACCAGUGGAAAAUAGUCACAGUGCUAGUACACUUUCAGAAACUGUAUUAAAUAAUGAAAUGAUAUGUAAUGAUAAAUCAGCAAUCGACGAUGUACGUAAAAGUACAAAACGUAAAAGAGAAACAAGCUACAGUUUGAAUAUUUCACCAAGUAAAAUUCCCAGAUUGGGAAAUGAAAAUUAUAUCUCGGAAAACUCUUUGGAAGAAAAAAAUGAAAAUGAUAUUGAAAUAAUUCAUGUUUCACUAAAUAACAACUCGUCACGUAAAGAAACUGAGAGUUGUGAUAAUUUCAUAGAGACAGUCGAAUUAGAUAAUAAAUUAUUUAAAAAAAAUCAUACAGAUGUUAAUAUACUUAAAUCAAGCAAUACAACAAACAAUACGACAACCGAAUCUUCAAUGGACAAAAUAAUAAAUUGUGAAGAUCGUGAACCAGCAAUGUUUACCACUGAGGAAAGUAUCAAAGAAAAAGAAAGUUUUCCUACUUGUAAGGAAUUGAAUACCAAUACAUUACAGAAGCUUGAAAAUAAUUUAUUACAUACUGGAAAUGUACAGAAAGCAGUAAAUUUUCACAAUGUUGAAUGUGAAAAUACAGUGGAAAUACAGAACAGUAAAGUAACAGUAAAUGCUCAUUUAGAAAGUAUAAAUUGCAACUCAAACUGCAGUGCAGAAAAUAGUAGUGAAAUAAAUAAUAUGAAUGAAAACUCAAAUACAGUCACUACAGACAUUAUUGAAAAUAACGAAGGAGGAAAUGUACCACUUCCUUCAAAUUUUAUACGUAACGAGGAUGGCCUGAUAAAAUUAGAAGAUGAAUUGCAAUUAACUGAUACUGAUGAAGAUGCUAUUUUAAAUUCCUUCAGUAGAAAUUUUAUCCCACAUGUGUCUCCAAUAAAAUUGAAAAAAGUAAAACGAGAACCAAAAACAAAAUUUUCAGAGGACGAUGUUGUAAAUUUAAGCGAUAGUGAGGAUGAUAUUUUUCCGUGUUCUCAAUUAUUCGAUAUUGGCUAUGGUGCGGAUACAUCUAUCAAAAAUGAAGUAAAAGAGGAACCUGCAGAAGUGGAAAAUGAAAGAUUUUGUUUAGUCGAUGAUGCGGAUUUAGUUAUUUCACUAACAGAUAGCGAAGAUGAAGAUAAUAAUUGGUUGCACAGAUUAUCCCGUAGUCAAAUACUUAACGAAACCGACGAGAUUGCUCUUGAAAAUAGGGAUGAUAUAAAAAAUAAAGAUAUAAAUGUAAAUGUUGAUAUUGAAAAAGAAAAAGAAAUAGAAAAAUCUGUGAACAAAGACGCAAACACAUUACGGCAGGAUGUAACAGAAUCAGAAACUAGUACACAUAUAAUGGAAGUCGAUUUUGAUGAUUUACUUGAAAAACACACGAUCACUAAUAUCCGUACCAAAAGUCAUUCUGACCUUCCGAAGAAUCAGAAGAGAGUGCAGAAAGAAACAGAUACUUCAAGCAAGAAUAGAGCAGAAACUAUUACACUUUCCAAAAAAAGAACAUCAGUUGAAAAAAGAAUAGUUCAGAUUGACCCUUCACCUUUACCUACUACCAGAAAACGAAAGAAUGCUUCUAAUAAAGCUAAACAAAUUCCUGAAAAAUCUGGUAAAUCUGAAAAAUCUGAUAAAUCUGAAAAAUCUAAUAAGUCCGAAAAAUCUUCGAAACAGCGAUUAAGUGCUAAAGAAAAGAAAGAGCAGCAAGAAAAGUCGAAGUUAGAGCAAUGUUUGUAUACGAAAGAGCAAAAAAGUCGUAAAAUACUUGAUAAGCAGGCUAGUUGUCUUUCUUCUAAUAAAAAGAAAUUAAGUACUCUUUCAAAGGAGGAGAAAAAGGCAUUGGCAGAUGAUAGAAAGAUGAAAUUGAAGAAACUUGCGGAGGAAAAGAGAUCAUCUUUGGAAAGUAACCAAGAAAAAAAACGCAUUGUUUCAAAACCAAAAGCGAAAGUAACGACCAAAAGUCGAAAUGAUUUCCUCGUCGAGGAAACAAUUUCUGCGUCUAAACAAGAAAUUACAACAGAGAAAUCUUCUAAAGCUUCGUCCAGUCAAUCUGCAACGGCAAAUGCAAAAAUGACUGAUUCAGAAAAACGCAAAGUUGCUUCCAAGGAAAUAGCAAUGUAUUUACAGGAUAAAUUAACUCUUAAUGAUAUUUCAAAUGUAGGAAAAAUUCCUAAAAAGUCUAAUACUACCAAGCAAAAAGUAAGUACUACAGAAGCAGAAACAGCAUUAAAAGAUCUUUCAUUAGAAAAACAAACAGAGAAGAAAAUAGAGUCCAAAGUAAAAAGUAAAUCAGGUACAGAAUCUUGUAAGCCAGUUGAAAAGAAAUCUUCUACGCUAUUUAAGUCAAAUUUGAAAUCACCGAUUGCAGUGACGAAAUCGAAGAAACGAGUAUCUUUUUCUGCAGCGAUUCAAACUGUAUAUGAAUAUCAAAUUGAUGACUUAAAUGUUCUAAAAAAACUAACAGGAAAAGACGCUCCUAUACCUCGAGAAAAGGUUGUCCCUGUGAAAAAGCCUAGUAAUACUACAGAAUCUAAUGCAAAAUGGAAUCAAUUCUUGUGGCGUAUUUUAAACUGGAAACCUGUAUGGUUGGAAGAACAGCAAUAUUUGAAUCAAGAUCCACCUGUCAUUGAGCCUCAGGAACUUCACGUGGCCUUAACUCAUUAUAGAUCGUAUGACGAGUAUUAUAAUAUUACAAGUCCACUUUUGUUGCUAGAAAUUUGGCACGAAAUCACUAAAAAAUUUCAAAGUAUAGAACAUAUUCACAAACCCACAUUCAUGUAUUCCAUGGUCGAGAAUUCUAUUCAAACGUACACGGUGUCAAAUAUAUUUCUUACAACAUUGAUGCUCGAGGUAUUAGUCACGAAAGACGAUAUACGAAGACAUAUCCAUCCUGUGUACGGAGAUCUUAUAUUUUUCGAGUAUGUUGAAAAUCAUGAGAACUCACAAAAAUCAAAAAAAUUUCAUAAAAUAUUCGCAUAUGUUACUAAUGUAUAUACAACAGAGUUAACGCCUUUGACGCGUUUUAAUAAAGAUUUACAAAAUUAUGUAAAAAAUCCUCAUUCAUUGUUAACUUAUACUGUGAUAACAAAAGGUUUCGAUAAAAACAUUUUAGUGAAUAGAGUUCAGCGAUUAAGAGCUGUAAUCUAUUUACGUAGCAAUUUAAGAAUGGUACAAGCACUGCAGUUUCUUCCUAAAUCGCCAUUGGCAGAUCUGAUUUUAAAUCCAAGAAUCGAGAUGUAUAAGUUGCCAGUUGUAUCUGAAUUUGAGACAUUGAUCACUGGAGAUAAAUUGAAUGAGAAACAGAUGGAAGCUGUACAUAGAAUAACUAAAGCAGUAAUUCAGAGGGAUACCAAAUUGUGUUUUAUUCAGGGACCACCUGGUACUGGCAAAUCAAAAGUUAUCGUGAAUAUAGUUUCCCAAAUAUUGUAUGGAAAUAACAGAUAUACAAACAAUGGAAAUUCCUUGAAGAUAUUGGUAUGUGCUCCAUCGAAUGCUGCCAUUGAUGAAAUCGUUCUUAGACUGUUAAACAUCAGGACCAUAAUAAAAGAGAACUCAAAAACAAAGCCAUUCAAAAUGGUCCGUAUUGGGCAAUCAGAAAUGAUGCAUCCAAAAGUGAAAAAUAUUUCUGUUACUGAAUUGGCAAAACGAGAGAUUAAAAAAAACAAUUCGAACACUGUUUGUUCCGAUAGUACAGAAAACGAAAAAUUAUUUAUACAAUCUAAAAUGAAUGCCAUUCAAUGUGAGCUGAACAAUUCUUCUAACUUAGAUGAAGCUUAUAAAGAGCAUCUGAGGAUGAAGUUAGCAGAUUUAGCUGUGAAAGAGGAGUUACUAAGGAGUCGUAUAUCGUUAAAUGAUACAAAUAAACAGAACAGUAAGUUACAGCGCGAAAUGGAAUACAAAAUUCUUGAUUUCGCAGACAUAAUAACUUGCACUCUCUCAUCCUGUUAUGUUGGUCAAAUGGAGUCUAUUUUUGGUAUAAAUAAGAAAAGGAUAUCUGUGUGUAUCGUGGAUGAAGCUACCCAAAGUUGUGAGGCAGAAACCUUGAUACCAUUGAUGUUAGGAAUUAAUAUAUUGAUUUUAGUUGGUGAUUCUAAUCAAUUACCUGCUACUAUUUUGAGUACACAGGCAAAGAAAUAUGGAUUAGAUCAGUCUAUUUUUUCCCGUGUGCAAAAUGCCUUUGAUUUGCAACCAAAUAAUCCCAUAAUCAUGUUAGAUACUCAAUAUCGAAUGCAACAUGAUAUUUUGUCUUGGCCAAAUAAAUUCUUUUAUGGCGGCAAAAUAAAAAAUGCCGUGGAAUAUAAUGAUAAAUUUCCAUUUUAUCCAUAUCGAAUUUUAAAUUUGAAUACAAAUCAGAAUGAUGACAACUCGAAUGAUGAAGAAGCGGAUUUCAUAGCCAAUAUCUUUUAUUGUAUGCUAAACUUUGCCAAUUUGGAUAAUUGGGAAUCUGGUAUUUCGUGUGGCAUUCUUACGCCGUAUAAUAAUCAAAAAUCUAUGAUACAGACAAAAACUAAUCAAAUACUAUUUUCAAUGCCAAAUAAUGUUAGGAAAAAAAUAAGACUCGAAGUGAAUACUGUAGAUAGUUUUCAAGGUCAAGACUGUGAUGUGAUAAUUAUAUCUUGCGUAAGGAGUCACAAAAUUGGUUUUUUAUCAGAUAGGCAAAGACUUUGUGUUGCACUUACAAGAGCAAAACAGAGUCUGAUAAUAUGUGGUAAUUUUAACGCCUUUAUGAGAUAUCCAAUGUGGAAUUCAUUAAUAGCAGAUGCAAAAUCGCGCAAAGUAUUUUUUAAUGUUAAUCCUAACGCAGAUUCUCAUGAAGUCCAAUCAUAUAUUAUUAAGCCUAUGACAAAGAAAUGAUUGUUUAUGCGGAUAAUCUUAUUGUUAAUCUUGUACAUUUGUAUAAAUCUUGUGCCACCACCACCACCAUCAUCAUCAUCAUCAACAUCAUCAUCGUCAUCAUCAUCAUCAUCAUCUUCACGCGUCUCUGAGCAUUAUAGAUUUAUAUUUU